UUUCUUUUAAGCAGGACAGGAAUUGAAAUCAGCAAUAUUUUUGUUGAAGCUUUUAUCCUGUUGAAAUAUUCGCAUGAUUAUUUUUAUUAUUAUUAUUAUUAUUAUUCUGUGAGCUAACCCACCCUUGUUUUAUAUUUUUUGCAGCCCUUGUAGAGAUCUCACCUUUAAGGCCAAUAUGUUUCAUGCUUUGUUAUCAUCAUCAUCUAUUCCUUUAUCCCAAAGAAUGUAAAAUUUCAAUAAACUGCAUGCAUAAUUUAUCAUUAUAAUUAGUGCUAUUCUUUUGCAUACUUAUUUUACACUAAGUCACGUGUUUAAAGUUUUAAUAUGAAUUCCUACAUGGUCAGAAAAUAAGUCACGUGUCCAGUAGCCAAACAAAAUCCUUGGACCCCUGCCGAUGGAUCCAAAAUAAGACGUUGGAUCGAAUAUUUAUCUAUAUUUGUUGAUUAAAUUCACUUGCAAAGUUUUUAAUCUACGGGCCUUCUGCCUUUCAUCUUUCCAAGCAGCAGUAUGUGAAGAGAUAAUACCAGAUAAAGAUUCACAGAUGGAUAACCCACAUCCGCAAACACGAGCGAAUGGGAAGGAGAAUCUUGACCAGGACAGUGGCAUCACAACUUUACUCUCUGAUUUUGCAUCGACUACCACUGCGCAUGGCGUUGGGCGCAUCGCAGCGUCUUCCGAUUACCGAUUCAAAUUCUCUUGGCUAGCAGUGUGGUUUGGUGUUAUGAUCAGUUUUACAUGGAUGGUUGUUAAGUUAGCUGUUCUGUAUACGUCCCGUCCUGUUAGCACGGGAAUAAGUGUAUCAUACGAGGAGUUUCUCACCUUCCCUGGUGUGACAAUUUGCAACUUCAACAUGCUGCUUAAAUCCAAAGUAAAAUCGAUGCUUGAACAAAAAAACUCCAUAUUCAACAAGAACAGGACAACGACUGACGUCCGAAAGAAUUUCUUUGCUAGCACAAGGCAGAUGGGAACAGCACUGAACAUGUCCAAUAUCAAAGUCGAUUCAGUUAAUGACGUCAUAGGUGACGUGAUUGCUGAGAUAAAUUCGAAGUCACUUGAUUAUCGCACUACGAACUCAUAUCAGUUCCACGAUUUUAUCACUUAUUGCAGCUGGGCAGGACUUCGAUGCAACCAUGGAUACUUUGAAACAAAGUAUUGGAAAAGAACCUGGAAUUGGAAAUAUGGCAAUUGUUUCACGUUCAACGGCUACACAUACGAUAAUGGAACUGCUAUUGAGCCACUCGUUUCAAGUGGCGAUGGAGGAACAGAUCUGCGGAUAACAAUCGACAUGAAGAAGAGUGAAUACAUACCAAGUCUAACGCUGCAAGAAGGAAUCCGUAUCCUAAUUGAAGACCAAGACAUGCCGCUUUAUCCGUUUGAGAAAGCGCUCAGCAUUGCCCCAGGGAUGUCAGCCAGCAUAUCCAUAAAAAAGAGCGUGGUUGAAAGGGAAGACGUCCAUGGCAACGGAAGCUGCAGAGCUGCUGGCUCUGAAACGAGGAAAUACUCUGUUCAGGACUGUGUGGCUAAAUGCAAAGGAAACACCCAGAUACGACUUUGUAACUGCACUGACGUACAGUAUUCACAACUCGUAGAAUCAAGGGCAUGCAAAGCUAUGGAGGAAAAACAAUGCAUCAUGUUUGUGCAUGGAAAUUUCUCACGAGGGUUAAUAGAAUGCAACAGUAAAUGCCCACAACCUUGCAGGGAAAUCUUUUUCGCUAAGUCAAUUUCUCAAGCUAACGUGUACCCUACUGGCUUUCUGAAAAUCCAUUCCAUCAAGAACAUGACAACAGCAUAUGUCAAAGAGAAUAUCAUCCUGAUUGAAAUUAAAUACAGAGACCAAACAGUGCAAACAGUGGCAACGAAGGCAUAUUACAAGUUUGACAAUUUGAUGUCUGACAUUGGUGGUCAACUUGGGUUAUGGAUUGGUGUCUCGGCAGUCACGUGCAUAGAAUUUGUGGCUCUUCUGUGGAACAUCGUCGCAUAUAUCAUGCACAGACGAAAACUGAACAAAAUAAAACAGAGUAACACGUGAGGUUAAAUAAGAAAAGAAGAGCGAAACUCUUUUUCUUUCAUUUGAGAUCGGAAUGGGGCAAAUAGAAUAGAUAUCCACAAGCGAACUAAGCUUUCCUUAACUUGCAACAUUGAUACCUCAACAAAGGGAAGCACGUAGAACUUAACAUCUUACAGUACAGAACAAGUUGAUUUAUUGUAUAGUGUAUGUACAUAAGAAAAUUUUGAAAUUUUUGGGGGCAGUCCCUAUCCCUGAACCUUUAGACUUCUCUUUCAAGGUCUAGGAGUUGUGGGGUGUAACGGGUGAAUUUACCGACCAAAAUUCAACUCUUGCUUGUCAAUGUAUACACACCAAUAUACUUUAUAAAGUCAAGCUACGGCUCUACCGAUAAUCCAUAACAUUUACCGACCAUCCGUAAAAUUUACCGACUAACUUUCCAAAGGUGGGGUACGCCCCUGUAACAACCCAAUAAAUACGUGUAUGGUCUUAUUCGUAGGUUGUGAAGCAAUAUUCAUUUCAAUGUCUUUUUAUUAGAGAUGGUUUGGCGGUCAUUUUCUGAAGAAUCGUGUUUCAAAAUAAGAAUAGAGAUUUGUGAAAGAUCUUGAUAUAACAUUCAUUAGAUGAACGAUACGUGGUAUUUACCGGAGAAGGAGAGGUCUGGUGCCUAUGAGAGCUACGCCAAAUAAAUUAGGACAAAAUUCUUUUUUUCCCUGUCUAAAGUAACUUCCAAAUGGUUUUCAUGCACAUUUGUUUUGUGUAUAAGUUUUUGAAAUCAACGCUAAACUACAACUGUAUGGAACAAUAUUUCUUUACGGAGAAUUUUAUGACAUCAUUUGACAAAAAGCUAGCUGUCUGAAUACAGUUUUUCGGACUAAGUUGAAAUAGUAAGAUUUAAAGCAUGACUCAAUGCAGAUACCCUAAACAUUUCUAAAGAACAAAUGCUUACAGUUAUCAGACCCUCGCAACAAUGAUUAAUAAAUUGUAGCUCUCUCUUUAGAGUGCCAUCACUGGGGGAAGAAAGCGACAGACCACUGUACAAAAAUGUACAAAAAGCCUCAACCCAAAGUUAUAAAAAGCCGUAGCACUGUUCUAAGCACAGUAUUUAUAAGUACCGUUUCUAGUUCAAAAUACUGUCAGGAAGGAGUCACUGUACUUUUCAAUUAUCCAACCUUGUCAUAUAGAAAAGCCUUCCACACUAAUGAGGGCCAAUGAUGAGUAACAUCUUAUCUUGACUAUCUUCAACUUUUUGAGACAGUUAUAUUCCUUUGAAGUAACAAAGUACUUCAUUAUACCAAUAACAGUAUCCUGCAAUGACAUGAUUUAUUAAGAGUAUCAUGUUCGUCUCUAAUAGAAGCUCAAUACUAUAAAGAUAUCAACUUUUUGGCAAAAGUGCAGGUGUAUGAACAUCUUAUCUUGAGUAUUUUCAAAAGA